AUGCAAAGAAAACGGCUGGUUCUUCUGCUCCUCACCUACAUAUCUUCCGCAAACGCCUUCCAAUACAUCGACCCCUCCAGUCCAGACUCAAGAUCACUUCUCUUGCGACGAGACGAUGUAUCAUGUAAAGCCGUCGACUCUCGGUUACCCGACAAUUUCACAUGUCCAGAAGGCUCCAAUUGUAUAUCACUUGAUAGCGGCUCCUCUGCUCUCUGCUGUCCUGACGGGAACACCUGCAGUAAUAUUGCACCAAUUCCCUGCGAUAUCCAAGGACAGAACGCAACACGCAAUCCAAAUGCCAGUAUAUUUACAACAAAGUCAGGGGACAACUUACCGUCAUGCGGUAGUAGCUGCUGUCCUUUUGGAUAUGCUUGCAUCGAUGCACCCAAAAACCAACAAGAUGGGAAGCCAGUCUGCAGUUUGAAUACCGGCUCCAGUAAGUCUGGAACUUCAGAUACUUCUCCUGCUUCUUCCACUACUUCAAGCGCAUCAUCCACACAAAACUCAGGUUCGAGCUCUUCUUUGAAAACCUCCACGUCGAAGAGCCCAACUUCAAGUUCUACUUCCACCUCCACUGCCAUAUCUGGAGCAAGCUCUAACUCAGCUCAACUGGAAAAUUCGUGCAACAAAUUCCCAGUCACCGUCUUCCUUGCCGGACUAUUUCCUGGAAUGUUCAUUGGUGCCUUCAUGAUGCUUGCAUGGGUCAUAUGCUCCGGACGUCAUCGAAAACCCCCCCAGAGAGACUCUGCGGGUUCAUCAUUCUAUAAGCCCCAGAUCUCCGAUCCCAUCCCUCUGCAACCUGGAGGACUAAGGACCGACUUCUUGCGAAGAACCACUGGACACGCCAGGUCAAUGUUCUCUAUGGCCAGCGGACAGAGUCCCACAACGGGCACCCGAGAAAACUGGAAGAUGCCCACGCCUCCCGUGGUCAAUAAUAUCCCUCCCACCACACGAGGCAUCCCUGUUCCUGUGACUCCAGACCGCCGAGUUCCCCGGAGUCCCGACACGGAGAGCAUCAAAAUCUACACACCGCCCAGCGGCCCCAACAUCCAACCCGCAAUGCCAGCCUACCCACCGAACAUCGCGCCUCUCCGCGGAAUGAAUGCCCAGCGAUACAUGGACCAUGGCGGCAGCAGCAGCAAAGGCCCCAACCAAAAUAAUAUAAUGGGUAGUCCAUUCGAGACACCUCCACACACCAAGUCAGCCGCUAACAACAAGCACAGCAGCUUUCGCGCCAGCCACCACCACGCGAACGAGAGGACGAUGAGCGGCGCAUAUUCGACCGUGUCGUCCCUCCACGACCACGAGGUCCUCACACCCGCACGCUAUGACGGGACUGGCGGUGGUGAAUAUACCACCAUCACGAAUCGCAAUCGAUCAGCCAGUGCUGGGGAUAAGAGUCGCCCCACCACUGGCUUCACCGAGAUGUUGCAUGAGGCGGGAUUUCCCGACACGUAUGGCCAGGCGCCUGACGUGCCGAAGAUACCUAAUGGAUAUGAGUCUAGGCGGUGA